AACAGUCGAGAGGAUAAUACUAAUAUGUACGCCAAAUUGUUCAUCGUCCUCGCCCUGGCCGCGGCAGCGCUGAGCCGCGAGUACCCGGCCGGCGUCCACCCCGCCGUCUGCCCCAACUACCCGUACUGCGACACGUCCGCCCUGGCCAGGCACACGCCUGACGGCCAGCCCAUACCUGAGUGGGUGUACAACCCUAGCAUCUUGCCUGUGGCGCCUGUUGACCCCAACCAUGCCGCUGCUCCCCGCUACCCCGCCGACUUCAACCCCGCUCUAUGCCCGAACUACCCCUACUGCUGGUGAACAAAAAAAAAUCUUAACCCUGCAAAAAAAGUAAAAUUCAGACUUCGAAUCCAAUUUGAACUCUUUAAAAUAAUACAAUUGAAAAUCGAACCAUAAUAAAAAUUCAAAAAAUAUUAGCACUCUCAAAAUGGCGUACAUUUUGUCAAUGGUUUGAUGGAUAGUUCGAUUUCUUUAAAAAGUAAUAGGUCUAUAAUUUAAGUCUGUUUUUCAUUCGUGAAUCUUUUCUCAUUGCCAUAUCAUUGUAAAUAGAAUGAGUGUGUCUUUAAAGUUGAAAUAUUGAUUGUAAAAACGUUGUAAA